AUGGAUGGAACAACUAAUAUGCGUGUUCUCAUUGCAUUGGGCAUCAUCGCUUUGUUUGGAAUAAUUACUUUUGCGCUCGUUGCUGCAACGUUGGGAACUCUAAACCAGAGAUACGAUCGACUCGACAAACAAAUUGUUGAUCUUAUGGGUCAAGUGAUGAGUAUUUCACAGACACCUUCGACAACGACGACAGAAGUCUAUGAAACUUCUAAUUAA